AUGGCGGCCGCGGUCGCCCACCCCGUGGACGCGCUCGUCCCCGAGAUAGAGAACGACAGCGACGACGACUUCGCGGACGAGCUCGAGGCCGAGCUCGUGGAAGCGGGACGCGCGGACGACGAGACAACCCUCGCGGGAAAUAACAAAAAAAGGAAAGAGACCCCAGACGUCGACGACGCGCCCGCGAGGAAGGCCGCAAGGGCGUCGGAGACGACGACCGGAGGAGGAUCGGGCCUCGCGUCCCUGCCGAGGGAGAUCAUCGCGCACGUGUUCGCGUUCCUCGCCCCCGAGGACCUCACGUCCGUCGCGACGACGUGCCGACACCUGCGAGGGCCCGCUCAGGACGACAGGCUCUGGCGAAGAUCGUACGCCGCGCGCUUCGGACAGCCCAAGGAGCAACGCCGAGCGCACAGCUGGCGCGCGCUGUACUUCGUCGACGACGCGAGGGAGCUGCGACAAGCGGUCGCGAACGCGCCGCCGUCGCAGAAGCACCUGUACGCGCAGAUGCAGGCGGCGAAGCGCUCGCUCGCGGCGCCCGCGCCGAGCGCCGACGCGGCGACGGCGCGGAGGGACGCCGCGGGACUGCUGACGGACGUCGAAGUCGUCUCGCGUUGGCGCGCGUCGAAAGGCCUCGGGGACGGUUUGGACGCGAAGUCCAAGCACCGGUGCAGCGUCGCGACCGGGUGCUCGUACACGCGGUUCGGGUCGGACAUAUUCGUGUGCGAGCGCACGGGAAGGGCGCACGUGUGCGGCGACGACAGCUGCCGCGAACGUGUCGUGGACCACGACGGCAUGACCGAGAUGUGCGUCAUCUCCGGCAGGGUGUUCGAUCGCAUGCUCGGAGAGGGCGACGAACCGAACGGAUGCGGCGGAGGGGGGGAGGAAGCCGCGGAAGAGCGCGGGUUUCACGGGGAGAAAGGGUGGUUGGGGUCGUGUUUCGAAGCGGGGUACGGCAGAGAACGCUCGAGGAAAAAGCCCCGCGACGACGAGGCAGACACUUCAGAGUCGGACUCUUCAGACUCGGAGUCCGGCGGCGAGUGA